CACCCCAUACUCAAAGAACAUCUAUCUCACCCACCCACGAUGAUACGUCUUAUGAUCCACAAUAUCAGUCUCCCAAGUUACCGCUCAUUGCCUACCUAUUUCUGUCUACAUCAUACUACGACAGAGCAUACAGAAUGACAAAAUCGACAGACUCACCUGAUCAAAAUCCACUGCUACUGGACCAGCGCAUCUCCUCGAUCUACUUGAGCGAGCACGCGGUGACACCUCUAACGCAGCAGAUUAUCGCGCAAUGGGAGCAGAUCUGUGCUCGAAGGUCCAAUAACCUGCCACUAUUUGGCGUCCCGUUCGCUGUCAAAGAUAAUAUCAAUGUCGCCGGGUUCUGCACCACGGCGGCGUGUCCGGCUUUCGCCGCAGAGCGAGGUGUAGCAACCACCGACUCGACUGUGGUGGGUAGUUCGGGGAGUGGCGUGGUGAGACAGGGUCUGGUGCCAAUUGCGCUAGGGACUGAUACGGCGGGCUCGGGGAGGGUGCCGGCGGGGUUUAAUAAUGUGGUUGGGCUGAAGCCAACGAGGGGGGCGUUGAGUACAUCGGGGGUGCUACCGGCAUGCAGGUCGCCGAAUUGUGUGUCGAUCUUUGCGCUCACGCUAGAUGAUGAGGAGACGGUGUUAAGGUUGGUGGAAGGGCCGGACGAGCAGGAAGCUUACUCCAUGGCUAGGCCGGAGCAGCAUACCAACGAAAUCGGAACCAUCCAGCACCCUGUCCCGGUUAACUGCGACAGUCCAGAGUGGUACGGACAGUCGGAGCACGCCGAAGCCUAUGAAGCGGCAAUGAUCAAAGCACAACGGCUGGGAUGGACAUCGGAGGCUAUCGACUUCAGUCCGCUCUUCGCCUUGGCCAGUCUGCUUUAUGAGGGGCCCUGGGUUGCGGGGCGGGCAAGCACCGUGGUCCGGGACAUAAUCCUCCAAGCGGAGCGAAUCUCAGCCGCGGAUGCCUUUCAAAGCGAAUAUCGCCGACAAGAGCUCGCCAGCCAGAUUGGAUGCCUUGUGGCCAAGUUUGAUGCGAUCCUGGUACCCACGACUCCGACGUUCCCUACCAUUCAGGAACCCAAGAUAGAGCCGGUCCUGGCAAACAGUCGCCUCGGCAUCUACACGAAUUUCGUCAACUUGAUGGAUUGGUCUGCGCUAGCGAUUCCCGCAGACUUCCGAGCUGACGGGCUUUCGUUCGGGAUCACGUUGAUCGGGGGAGAUUGGAAGGAGCAGCGAUUUCUUGGACUUGGCCGUCAGUGGCUUGUUGAUGCACCGCGUCUGCUGGGUGCCACGAAGAAGACUUAUCGAGAGGAUUCGGUGCUCACCGGUGCUGUGGUCGAUCCCAUAUCAAUGCAGCUGGCGGUAGUGGGAGCGCAUCUCUCCGGGCUGCCCCUGAACAAGAAUUGGGUGGUGCGCGAGGCCAGGUUGGUGGCUGCGACCACAACGGCUCCAUGCUAUCGAUUGUUUGCGACGCAGACCGGAUCCUCCAUCCCGAAGCCAGGCCUCAAGCGGGUGGGCGAUGGAGGCGCAUCCAUUGAGGUGGAAGUCUGGGAAUUGCCCCUCCGCAAGGUGGGAGGGUUCCUCGCCAUCGUUCCACCACCAUUAGGCAUUGGGUCCAUUGAGCUGCAGGAUGGUCGUUGGGUCCAGGGCUUCAUUUGUGACGCAAAAGACAUUACCCGGUUUGGCGGAUGGAGAAACUAUGUGCAAUCCUCGCGUGGUUCCGAUUCCGUGUCUGCGCCUCUGACCCCUGAUUCUUUGCCCUGA